AAUGUUUUCAUUAUUGCUAUUAAUCACCACGUCUUAUGCUACAGAUAAAAAUUGUUUAUGGCACGAUUCCUAUGGAUACACAUACGACAUCUCAAAACUUCACAACAUCAAUAACUAUCAAGUGCCUGACACUGACACAAGUAACUUAUUCUAAAUAAAAGUAUAAAGGCAUGGGAAUGUUUAACAUGGUUUAUGAAUUUAAUUUUUGCACUGGAGCAGUCAGAUGUUAAGGUAGAGAAGUGGCUGCAUUCGAAGCACUAGAAGUAAUGGGCAAAGUAACAGAAAACUGUGAUGUAUUUAUUAUUCAUAUAUUUAAGGUUUUGGGAUUGAAAGAAACACAAGAAUUUGGGUAUGUUAAUCCAGUUUAUCCUGAAUUAGGAAUUUCAGUCACUUACAAAUAAGGUUAUUUUUUAAAUUAAUUAUAAGGCGAUAUGUGUUUUGAUGUUAAAGAUGAUGGAGGAUUACAAAAAAUAAUUGCUGAUAAUGAACAAAUGCAAAUGAGUCCAAGAUCAGUUACUUUCGAAGUCACAUGUGGAAAAGAUGAGCCCAAUUUUAGAGUUAUUGAUUCUAGUAAAUGCAAUAUUAGGUUGGGUAUUUAGCAUUCAGCUGGUUGUCGAUCUGGAUCAUCCCCUAGUAAAUAUUACACUUAUCAAAGGUGGUGGCAGUCAAACAUUGCUUUUAUAUUUCAUUCUAGCAGCCGGUCUCUACUUUGGAGGUGGAAUAGCUUACAAUAAAAAACAAUACUAGCUCAGUGGAGUAGAUGCAUUGCCUCACUCUCAUUUUUGGAGAGACUUUCCACAUUUGGUUAAGGAUGGAAUUAAUUUCACUGUUAUCAAAGUUUUUGGAAUGAUCAAAAAGUUUAGAGGGCUUUAAAGCGAAGGAGGAUAUGCUGUUAUAUGA